GCUUGAAUUUUCCUCACGCAUUGUAUUUUGGUUUCAUUUGCCGUGAAGCUAAUAUAUAACAUCUUCAAGAGUGAAGCUAUUUGAAUGAUCAUGUCUAAAAUGGAGAUUCCAGGCUUGAGUUCAAACAUACUGUAUUCACUUUUCUUGCUAAUAAUUCAAUUCUCUAUUGCUUCAUGUUUACUCGUAGGAAAUGAGACUGAUAGACUCUCCCUGUUAGCCUUUAAGACUCAAAUUAGUGAUCCCCUUGGAAAAUUGAGCUCAUGGAAUGAAUCCUUACACUUCUGUGAAUGGUCAGGAGUUAUCUGUGGAAGGAAGCAUCGGAGGGUCGUAGAGCUUGACCUGCACUCUUCCCAACUGGCAGGCAGCCUAUCUCCCCACAUCGGCAACUUGAGUUUUCUCAGGAUACUUAACCUGGAAAAAAACAGCUUCAGCUAUCUUAUUCCACAGGAGCUAGGGCGUUUGUUUCGGAUCCAGGAGUUAAGCCUUGGGAACAACACAUUCAGCGGUGAAAUCCCUGUCAACAUCUCGCGCUGCACAAAUCUCUUGAGUAUUGGAUUGGCGAGCAACAAUCUCACAGGAAAGCUUCCUGCGGAAUUUGGGUCACUGUCAAAGCUACAGGUACUUAAUUUCCAACGUAACCAUCUGUUUGGUGAGAUUCCACCUUCAUAUGGAAAUCUCUCUGAACUUCAGAUAAUUCGUGGAGUGCGGAAUAAUUUGCAAGGAGGUAUUCCCGACAGUAUUGGGCAACUAAAAAGACUAGCAGACUUUACAUUUGGUGUUAAUAGUUUGAGUGGUACGAUCCCUUCCUCCAUAUACAAUAUGUCAUCCCUUGUUCGUUUCAGUGCACCACUUAACCAACUUUAUGGGAUCCUUCCUCCUGAAUUAGGCCUAACUCUUCCAAACCUUGAUACCUUUAACAUUCUCAGCAACCAAUUUAGGGGACUAAUUCCAUCUACCCUAUCCAAUGCCUCGAAAAUUUCUGAUCUUCAACUUAGAAACAACAGCUUCACUGGAAAAGUGCCUUCUUUAGCAGGCCUGCAUAAUCUACAGAGACUGGUAAUUAAUUUCAAUAACCUUGGAAACAAUGAGGAUGAUGAGCUGGGCUUUCUCUAUCCCCUUGCCAAUACUACCAGUUUGGAAAUCUUGGCGAUAAAUCACAACAAUUUUGGAGGGGUGCUGCCUGAAAUAGUUUGCAACUUCUCCACGAAGCUCAGAAUAAUGAUAAUAGGAGAAAAUAACCUACGUGGAAGCAUUCCAACUGAGAUUGGAAAACUCAUCGGCCUGGAUACUUUGGGCUUGGAGUUGAAUCAAUUGACUGGCAUUAUACCAAGUUCUAUUGGCAAAUUACAGCGUUUGGGUGUUUUUAAUAUCAAUGGAAAUAAAAUAUCAGGAAACAUCCCAUCUUCUCUGGGCAAUAUCACUUCCUUGCUAGAAGUUUAUUUCUUUGCAAAUAACUUACAAGGUAGAAUCCCAUCAAGUCUUGGAAAUUGCCAAAAUUUGUUGAUGUUGCGUCUCGAUCAAAACAAUUUGAGUGGUUCUAUACCAAAAGAAGUACUUGGAAUUUCAUCAUUGUCCAUGUAUUUAGACUUAGCUGAAAAUCAGUUGAUAGGUCCCCUUCCCUCGGAAGUGGGUAAGCUGGUACAUCUUGGAGGUUUGAACGUUUACAAAAACAGGUUAUCUGGUGAAAUUCCCGGAAUUCUUAGCAGUUGUGUGAGUUUGGAGCAUUUGAAUUUGGGGCCCAACUUUUUCCAAGGGUCCAUUCCUGAGUCUUUGAGUUCCUUGAGGGCACUUCAAAUUCUCAAUCUCUCCCACAACAACUUGAGUGGAAAGAUUCCCAAGUUUUUGGCAGAAUUUAAGUUGCUGACAAGUUUGGAUCUUUCAUUUAAUAACCUUGAAGGUGAGGUGCCUGUCCAAGGAGUCUUUGCUAGGGCGAGUGGAUUUUCAAUGUUGGGAAACAAAAAACUUUGUGGAGGAAGGCCUCAGCUGAAUCUGUCCAGAUGCACAUCCAAGAAGUCAAGAAAGCUGAAAUCUUCUACCAAGAUGAAAUUGAUAAUUGCAAUUCCGUGUGGCUUUGUUGGAAUUAUCUUGCUCGUCUCUUACAUGCUUUUCUUUCUCUUGAAAGAGAAGAAAAGUAGGCCAGCUUCAGGCUCCCCAUGGGAGAGCACAUUUCAGCGAGUAGCCUACGAAGACCUGCUUCAAGCAACCAAGGGGUUCUCCCCUGCUAAUUUAAUUGGUGCGGGUAGUUUUGGAUCUGUGUAUAAGGGAAUCCUCAGAUCAGAUGGAGCAGCUGUUGCAGUGAAAGUAUUCAACCUGCUACGUGAAGGAGCAUCCAAGAGUUUCAUGGCGGAAUGUGCAGCCUUGAUAAACAUCAGGCACCGAAAUCUUGUAAAAGUUUUAACAGCGUGUUCUGGCAUUGAUUUUCAAGGUAAUGACUUUAAAGCUCUAGUUUACGAGUUCAUGGUGAACGGGAGUCUAGAAGAGUGGUUGCAUCCUGUUCAAAUAUCUGACGAGGCACACGUGAGAAGAGAUUUGAGUCUCCUUCAGCGGUUGAACAUCGCAAUUGACGUGGCUAGUGCACUCGAUUAUUUACACAACCAUUGCCAGAUUGCCGUUGCUCAUUGCGAUCUGAAGCCAAGCAAUGUCCUUCUUGAUGGUGACAUGACUGCUCAUGUUGGUGACUUUGGAUUAGCAAGGCUCCUCCCACAAGCUUCCCAUCAGCUCUGUUUGGAUCAGACAAGCUCCAUUGGUUUAAAAGGCACCAUUGGCUAUGCAGCCCCGGAGUAUGGCCUUGGAAGCGAGGUGUCGCCUUAUGGGGACGUGUACAGCUAUGGCAUCCUAUUAUUGGAGGUGUUUACCGGAAGGAGACCUACUGAAGGCUUGUUUAAAGACGGGCUGAACCUUCAUAACUUUGCUAAAACGGCUUUGCCAAUCUCUGUGGCCGAAGUGUUGGACCCAGUACUUGUAACAGAAGCUGAGGAAACGAGUGGCGAUGCCUCUCGUAGGAUGAGCCAUAUUGGAAAUCAUAUGGAGUGUCUUGCUGCUAUUGUCAAGGUUGGAGUGGCUUGUUCUGCAGAAUUCCCAAGAGAACGCAUGGAAAUUAGCAGUGUUGCAGUUGAACUGCGUCGAAUCAGGCACAUUCUUCUGGGACCUCAGACUCAUGGGGAGCGCUAAAUUAUUGCUGCACCAGAAGGUCUGUGAUCAGGAGAUCAGAGUGGCAAUGAAAUACUAGAGGAUCCAAAGGAGAAUAGAUGCCAACAUCUAAAUGGUAGAAGAAUUGGAAUAAGACUUCCCUCGUGUUGUCACAUGAACUUGUUUUAAGUUUCAAUAUGUCAAUGCCUGCUUUCAGUUUAGAGUGCCUUGCUGGUAUGGUAGUCUUUCCAGUUAUGUUCACUGCAUAUUUGUAGACGAAUAUAAGUAUUUCGAUGAAUUUAAGGAUGGAAUAUCUAGUGAUUGAUACCACUUUUUAGUUUGAA